UGACAGCAAAACAAAGAGUAAAGGGAGUGCAAUAACCAAGCAAAAUUCCAAAAGGAAGCCCUAUCAUUCGGAAAAGCUAAGAAAAACUAUAAACACAGCUCCAUUACCGCUUAAAAAUAAAAUCCAAUUCCGUUUAACAUCAUGGGAGCCUGUCUAUCCUGCUGUGGCCAAAGUGCCGAGGAAACCAACCUGAUGCCUUCGCCUGAGGAGCGCCGACAGCAGCAGUUGGAUGCGGCGGAAAAGCGUCGCCAGGAGAAUGAACAUCGGGGCAUUAAGAAUCCGGAGAGCGUACGCCGGCAGCAACAAAGAGCGGAGGAUCUGCAGCGCAGGGAGGAGGAGGCCGCCCGUCAGGGCCAAGGACAGUCCAAUCUAAGGUGGCAAACCAGCUAAAAGGCAGUGAAUCACCAUCCUGGUAUGGCUUAUAAAGCACUACCACAUUUUUCCCUACAUGUUUACUGCGUUUUGUGCAGAGUUUUCCUACUGCUCCGUAUUUGUAUUGUUCAAUAUACACCUGUUGUCCCGAUCUACAUAUUUCACGAAUCUUCAGAAACGUUUUACCACCAUCUGAACUUUUAGCUGGCGACCAAAAUCUACAACCAAAAAUAAAAUGCAAACCAAAUUGUUAUCAGUGAUCGUAAAGUAAAUGAAAAGUUGAAUACUUCAAAGAAGGAUUGGAUCGACAAGGUCGAAAAUAUUAUCUUUAUUGCCUAUUGGUUUACUUUGUCAUUCCUGUUUUAAUAAAUUAACUAUUGUGUUGUAUAUGGCAUUUAAA